ACAGUCGGCUACUCCGAACGCGAGGACAGCGUGUCGCGUCUUCGCUUUGCAGGUGCAAGAGCCGGUUUGAUCAACGACGCUGAUCUGUGGUCUGAUUUUCUAAAUGUGAAGCGAAGAUCAGCAACAUGUUCGCUCGAUCUAGAAAUCGACCUUGUGUAG